AUGGCCGAUGCUUUGGAUUAUAACGGGCUUGCCUCGACAGCGCCUCGGUCGGUUCGCAAGAAGUUUGCUAAACCACCAGUUAAGGUAGCCUGUCUUCCCUGUCGGGCUUCGAGAACACGGUGUGGCGGCCAGAUGCCAUGCGCGAAUUGCGUUAGCAAAGACAAAGUAUGCUCUUAUUUACCCAGCAAACGAGGCGGGCCACGCAAAAAGAAGGAAAAGUCCUCGCUGUCACCAGAACAUGAAUCGAAGCGAGAUGAUGCUUUGUAUAACACUAUCCCCUCACCCCCGGAGUUUGAAGAAGCACCGGGGAUGUUCAACCAAAUCGAUGAACUCUCUCUGCCUGGCGCAGGUUUGAGGCAUCUAGAUUUCCAAUCCGAUGCUCCCUCCAUGUUUCAAAACUUCUUCACUGGCGAUGGCAGUCAGUCGCACAUGCAAGUGCCCUUGAUAUCGCCACCCUUGAACAGCGCUCAACCUUUCGUAAGAACCUAUGGAAGCGAGCCCGAAAUAUUGAAUGCCUAUUAUGACUUCAUUCAUAACUAUUUCCCCAUUCUUCCGCCACGGGCAUCACCACCGUGCCGAGAUCGACCAUUGAACUGCCCUGUUCCAGGUUCCACUACCUCUGAGCCGAUGAUGAUGUACCGGCCCCGUUCACCUCUGAGUCUUGCACUAUCUGCAAUCUUGGCCUUGAUUCCGCACCCAAGUGAUCUUGAGCCGUCGUCCGCAGCGUCUGUACACCAGCGUAGAACAUACGCGCAUACUUUCGCCCAACUCGCCCAUUCAACGAUCGAAGCGGAGUGUGAUCUCGAUUUGUCCUCAACUGAUCCUGGCCAAGCAUUGUCUGCCGCACGACCUUUUGUUGGACGGGAAAAAUUCCACUCGCAAGCUCCCGUGGACUAUGAAAGCCUCCUAGCGCUCUUGGUUCUUUCGGUUUAUGAAUACUCUCAACGCGGUAACUUGCUCAAGAUGCGAUAUCGUGCUGGUCAGGCUCUUGCAAUUGCUUUGGACAAGUCACUUCAUGCUCAAAUGGGGAAUGAUGAAUUUUCGGAAGCUCGACGGAGAGCCUGGUGGAUGACGUAUUAUUGUGUGAUUCAAGGAUCUAUUGUUAGCACAACAAUGCCUGCUAUCGUCAUUAACGACCCGCAGUUCACGACUCCAUAUCCGACGUUUUCAUCAGAUACAGAGGGUUGGGCUAUCUUGAUACAAGCUCAACAGGUGCUUGUAUCAGCAACCCAGUUUAUUGAUGAUCUGAACAAAUGCCUUUCAUCCCAAACAGGGAUGUACUAUAUGUUCGAACGAAUGCAGCAGCUCGAUGCCUGGACCCACUCAGUGAUAGCACAGGCGGAGCUACUUCCCCUACCCCAGACAUCGGAUUUCGGCGAUCACAACGAAUCCAUCACAGCCCAAAGCAUACGCGCAAUAUCCCGAAUCAAACUAUCCAGCGCACAAAUAAAAACGCACCGCUUCCGAGCCUUCUCCGACAUCCCCAUCUUCAUAAAGAGACAUUGCGACCUGACAGCAGCAAAUCCAAACACCGCCACCACACCCGUCAGCACCAAAUCCGGCAUCCACAACGUCUCCUGCUCCUGCUCGAACCUAAACUCCUUCGAACGAGCAUCCUCAACAGAAUACAUGACCCCAUCCGAUUCCUCCACCUCAUCAGACAUCCACACCGACAUCCAACCCUACGCAUCUCAGUACGCAUAUCCAUUCGCAUCUGGGUUCCCCUACAGCACGCAGCAGUCUGCGAAAAUCUGUCUUCAAGCCGCACUCGUCAUCUCCCGCAUGUUCCACAGCCUACCCGUCCCACAGCCUCUUUUAGAUCUCCAGCAGCAGCAACGUCGACCAUUACCCCGAACCAUGCCAUCUUUCGCAUGCUGUCUGAUGCAAAGUAGCUAUGCUAUGUUCAUGAUCUACUACAAGGCAUGCGUGGCGAAACAACUUGCACCUGACACCCCUGACAAUGAGCAUGGCGGAGAUUCGACCGGCCAGCUCAUUGAAGAACUACGACAGGGUCUAGAACGGAUCAUUGCGGCCGUGUCGAAUUAUUCGCUUGCUUUUGAAGCUUUGGAUGGGAUGAGAGAUGAAAUCGAAGGUGCAUAUAAAACGGCGUUCCCACUAGCAUCUGUUUAA